GUAACAAGGUAUUGUCAGUAAGAGAAGGUCUGUUAUGUAAGGAGGUAAUAGUUAAAGAAAAUGGCAAGUAAGUUAUCCAGCCGCUGUGCCAAGGUAGAUGUGCCAGACACUUGUGCGUUUUGUGAAAGCAUACAGGACAUUGACUGGUACUGUAAUGACUGUCAGGAGGCUUUGUGUAGCAAAUGUAAGGACGGUCAUUUACGUUGUAAGAAGACGAGGAAUGAUGAAGUCGUACCAAUAAGGGAGGCGAACAAACUCGGGGAAGCCGUACUCCCAGAGGUAUGUAAGACACAUCGAGGUAAGGCAUGUGACCUGUACUGUAGUGACUGUAACAUCGUAAUGUGUGCGAUGUGUUUUACCGAGAAACAUAAACAACACACUUUCAAAAAUAUUGAAGAGGAAAUCGGCUCGCAAAAACAGUACAUGCGAGAUCAAUUAAAAAUACUCAAGACAAAAUUAUACCAUUUUGAUCAUGAUCUAUCAAAACGUCAAGGUGUGAGCAAAUCAUUCAAAGACAGUGUAGAUGCCGUCCGAGAAACUGUACAAACCCAGAGACUGAAACUUAAAGCAGAGGUUGAUUCCAUAGCCGACACAAUCUUGGUCGAGUUAUCGUCCCUGAUUGAAGAAGAAGAAAAAUCUCACAAUCAGUACUGUCAAUCUCACGAAAGAAAAAUCGAAGACAUAAACCAACUGAUCAGAGAUGUAGAACAGAACACAGAACAGAUGUCCUGUACAUCCUUGUUUGAGCUGACAGGGAGACUGAGAACCACCAUACCACUGUAUAAUGUUGCUACAAAGAGCGUGUUACCUCGCCCUCCUCACUUCGUGGCUGGAAAAUUUGACCAGUACAAGUUGAAGAAUAUGGUUGGGUAUAUUCAGGUUGGUGGACUGAAGAAAGAAGUUGACAGUAAAAAGAUUCAUCAGAUUUCCACAUUCCGAGUACCGCGAAUGCAACAAAUCAACUCAAUAUGUCCUAUUGACGACUAUAACGCAUGGAUGUCAGUAAAUGCAUCUAAAGAAUUGUUUAAAGUCAACAAAUUCGGCAAAGUCAUAGAGUCUGUCAAACUUGACUUUACCCCUUGGUGUCUGACAGUAACUAGCACAGAAGAACUACUGAUCACGUGUAAUGGUGGUUCACCACUGAUACACAAACUAUCUAAGGACAGACACGUGGCAAUAUUUACUGACAUCAGUCCGUUAAUGGCAUUGAGUAUCAGUGUCAGCGACAAUGAUGAGGUGUUCGUUACUACUGACACUACAACAAUACAGGUACUGAACAUGUCCGGGGAGAGGAUCAGACAACUCUCGUGUAGAGGUGAUGGGCGGAGUAUUGUAUGUAUGACAACAGGAGAUAUAGCUAUCACCACUGGCACGAGUAUGUAUCAUUGCAAUAACGUUUAUCACUGUAAAGAAAUGAUUGUCAUCAACAAAACUGAUCAGGUCAUACAAAAUUGGAGUGGGGAACUGGACAUUGGUCCGAAGUUAGAAAAGACGAGGCAGUGUGAUAUAGCUCGUGAUAGAUAUGACAGAGUGUUUGUACCAGACUACAACACUAACCAGGUAUACGUCUUCUCGGGGAAUGAGAGAAAGGCCAAGUGUCUCCUUGACAAGAAACAUGGAGUAAUACAUCCGCUGGCUGUGUGUGUAGACAGAUGUGGACAUGUGUGGAUCGGCUGUAACAAUGGUACAGUACAUGUGAUGCAACUAUAAACAAGUAAGAGGAAUAAAACAGAUAACAUAACAGUAUAGUGCCGCAAAUUAGCUUUUCACUUUUUUUCCCACAAACUUUCAGUGUAGACAUAUUUGAAUAUGAUGUUUCAUUUGUUUUGUAUUAGGUUAGUUUGAGCCAUUGACUUGCAUGAUCGGCUCUAAACAUUUGUAUUUGUUACGUCUAUGAUUUGUAUUUUUCCAUGUGGCGUCAUGGUAUUGUUUCUUUUGACAUUAUAUCUAAGGUUGAUAGAAGAAUCACGAAAUAGACAUUCUGUGUAAUGAGGAAGGAAAGGUUUCCCGGUCACCUGAUCCGUCAAUUCAGCACUGAACAGCUAUACUACUAGCGAGUGUAAGAACAUUUCUACAAAAGGGACAUAACUCCUGUUAACUCCCGACCUUAAAUUUGUUCAAUGCCACUGACAAGAGAAGGUAUUCAUUUGUCAACUCAUGACAUGUUCGUAACGGUGUUAUAUUGAUAGAGUGUUGUUUUGUAAUUGAAUGAUGAUAUCAUUUAUAUUUCAAUAGCAAAGAAGCAACUGGAUGCUUAUCAUAUCUAUUUAAAAAAAGUAUUAUUAAAUGUGAUUCAUAAACAGUACUUGCUUCACAAAUCGAAUUCAAUUAAAGGGACAUCACGUGAAGAGCCAUUUUUUUAAUGAAUGUAUGUA